UCUUCUCUGGAUGCAUUUUAUUCAAAUGAUCUUGCAGUCUUGAAGGCUUCAUUGCUUCAUUCGAAAAUGUUUUUAGACAUAGAAGACACAAAGGCGAGAAUGGCUUUGUGGGAUUUUCAAUGAAUCCGUAUUUAAUGUAUUGCCGACAUUACUUCCGACAUUGUUUUGCUUUGAGAAAUACGUUUAACUUCGCGAGUAAUGUAAAGGAGGCGAAAGUAAUGCUCAUCUAUUGCGCGCAAAACCACAAAUGAAUAUAAAAUAAAUACUACAUUGUAUAUAUAGGAAUGCUUAAGCACAAUUAUUAUAUAGUAGUCCAAAAAUAUGAAUUCUUAUUUUUCCUAGAAAUACAUUUGUUAAAAAACGAUCUUUAUCUUAUGAUUAUAUUAUGAUAGCAAAUGCCCACAUACAGAUUUGGCAAUGGCAAUAGCAACACGUUUGACAGUAUUCUAUAAAUUCUAUCCUGUAGAAAUGCCCCGUUAUGAAACGGAGCGACCGAUUGACAUGAUUUUCAUUUUUUCUAUAUUCAAUAAAAUAGGACAGAUGUAUGAACUACGCGGAGAGAAAUAUAGAACCGAGUUGGAGCAAUCUUUUAAUUCAUAUUAGUUGAUGUCCACAAGUUAUUGUUGAGAGUCGAUAGCUCAUGUAGUCGCUGUCUAAGAGGCCUCCUAGCUAAAUAAAAUUACAAAUAACCCCCAGACCUCUACACAACGCCCCAUUUUCUUUCUGGGUCUCUUACCGCCCCCCUUGAUACCUACAGCGCCCACAAGGGGGCGUUAUCGCCCAUUUUGGGAAACACUGUUUUAUAAGGCAGCGACAUUAUAUCGCAAAUUAUACAAGAUGGUGUUGAAAAAAUUUCAAAACCCCUUCUACCUCAAAAUGCUUUAUUCGGUUGGAUACCAAUUGGACUACUUACGGAACCAGUAGUCACAAUGACAGCUCAAGUUGAGGAAAUCUCAAACGAGUACCAAAAUUCACAAUUGAGAAAAUUUCGGGAGUUGGAAGAACUCCCCCAUUUCAAUUACAACCCCUGAAGAUCAGUAUUGUGAAGACUUUUCCAAAACUACAACUACUAGAUUAGAUAAUGGUCAAUACGUCGUACGACUACCAGACACACUCCCCAUAUGUCACCCGCGCACCUCUGCAAUACAACAGUUUCUAAGCAUGGAAAAAUCGACAUAGAAAUGGUGAGCUCAAACAUGAUUAUGAUGGUGUCUUAGAAAAAUACCUCCAUUUAGAUCACAUGGAAGAAGUAAGCCCAUGUGAAAAAAUGAUUGAAGGCAAAUAUCACUCAUUCUACUUGCCACAUCAUGCAGUAGUAAAACCAAACAAAAAAGAAACAAAAAUGUUAGAUUUGUCUUCAAUGUAUCAAGCUCAACCAUCUCGGGGAUUCUAUGAAUGAUAUUCUAUUCACGAGACUCAUCCUCCAACCAGACUUAAUGCUCCUCAUAUUAAAUUGGCGUACAUAUAUACUAAUACGUUUUCAAUGUGGAUAUCGAAAAAAAUGUAUUGAAAUGUAAGAUUUUCAACAAAUUAUUUUCUGAAAAUCUCCCAGUAGCUCUCUACGCGACUUUAAAUUGAAAACAGUUACCUCUGGGGUAAACUGUGCCUCAUACCUAGCCAUUCGUACAUUCCGCAAAUUGGCAGAAGAUACAAAGUGAGAAUUUCUCCUGGCAACACAAGUGUUCAAAUGUAUACUGACGAUAUCCUGCCUGGAAGUCACAGCCUUCCUCAAGCACACGAGCCCUUAUCACUGGUAAUAAAUGCUCUCAACAACGCAGGGUUUCCAUUAAAAAUGAUAGCAGCCAAUCACCCAAAUUAAACAAAAAUUACCAAACGACAAGUUGUUGGAAACUAAUGUCUUUAUAUUCGAAGAGGAAUGUACAACAAAAACACUAGGCAUACAAAGGAAUGCGAUAUCAGACCAGUUGUCAUACACGACUGAGUCCAUAUCCGUAUUAUCUGCGAUAAUGAAGUGACAGAUUUUAUCUUUGGUAGCAAAACUUUUCGACCCCACAGGAUGUUUUUCGCUAACUAUGACACAAGCGAAAAUUCUGAUUCAAGAAUUAUGACUAUACGGAACCGACUGGGACGAACUAGUGAAUCCUAUUCGAAUGGAACAACACGGCUUUUGCGACGCUUCUACAUAUGUGCGCACAUAAAGCUAUACUGCAAGCCACCUACUAUUGGUAGAAGCAACAGUUGCGCCUCGAAAAACACUGAGUCUCCCACAACUUGCACUUUGUGGCGCUCUGCUGCUAGAAAAACUAGCUUCCAUGGUGCAGACCCACUUAUACAUGGCGAAAUACAAAUUACAAAUGGCCCGAUUCCGAGAUAGUUUUAGCCUGGUUAGAAAAGCCACCACACUCGUGGAAAACAUAUAUGUAUUUCUAAUCGAACCUCUCAAAUACUUGACCUAGUAGGAGCAGCGACAUGGCCACACGUAGCCAGUGCUGACAAUCCUGCUGAUCUAGGUACGAGAGGGUGCAAACCCUUGCAUCUCGCCACCACCACCCUCUGGCCCGCGAUGGUUAACAGAAUCUUCCGAUUCUUGACCACAAUUGGCUAUGCACAAAAUACUUGCUACAGAAAAUCGAAAAAAUCGACACUUAUCAUACAACUCUGGAUGACACUUACAUCCUUGAACGAUUUUCGUCGUUCCCCUAUGCCCUUCAGGUAGUCUCCUAUAUGCUCACGUUCUUAGAGUAACUUUUACAUAUUUAUUUUAUUUAUUUACAACAGUUUACAUAGCAAUAAAUUACAGCAUAAACUUUAAAAUGACACUAGCUGCAAGGCUUUCAGUCAUCGUUUUUAAACUAAGUUUUGUUGCUUAAGUUCGUAGUACUAGUAAAUAAUUACGAUAUUUUAACUAUGAUAUCUUAAACUACGCUAGAUUAGGUUAAGGUUAUUAUUAUCAACAAGGAAAUUGUAAAUCAGUGGUCGGCAUUUCAUACCACAAUUGUGCAAACUAACUUCACACGUACGCUUACGCUCUAUCGUUCAGUCGUUGUCGAGCCAGCAACGAAUUAACAUCGCGCAAGACUAUAGCGCAAAAUCAAAUAUGCCCUGCGAGAAAUAUUUUAUGAUUCUAAAUGCCUUUGGUGCCAUGCAAUGCCUUUUAUGUUCCAAGUCUUUUAAAGAUAAUAAUGAAUAUAUCCUUAAAAGACAUUUUGUUAAUUUUCAUAAAACUAUUACUUAUUUAGAUGAAAAAGAACGAAAAUGUCUUUUUAAAGAAAAAAGAGAUAUUUUUUUGCAAAAAAUAUCUGAUUGGUUACGUAAAAACGAAUGCUUAGAUUAUAGUGAAAGUAUUAAUGAAAACCUAAAAACACAGCUAUCAAGUUCCAUUAGUGUGGAGAUUGUUAGGCAGGGUAGGCCGUUUUCCGAUGGAGUUUUUAUUAAAAAAAUGUGUAGUCAAAUUUUGCAAAAACUUAGUUAUAAUCAAACAUUUAUAGAUAAACUUCCCUUAUCACCUAGAAGUGUAGCGCGGCGCACCGAUCAAAUAGGAGCUCGUAUUGAAUUUAAAAUAAAGGAAGAAAUUGAAAAUUGUAAAUACUUUUCUAUUUGUUUAGAUGAAAGCACGGACCUUAACGACCUAUCUCAAUUAGCUUUAUGCGUGCGAUGCGUAAAUACUAAUUAUGAUAUAUUUGUAACUUUAUAUUCUCUAGAAAGCUUUGAUUCGAAUGUAACUGGAAAGUUGUUAUUCGAGGUCGUCAAUGAAAAGCUUUUUUCAGUUGUCGAUAUGACAAAAUUCGCAGGAGUGUGUACAGAUGGAGCAAACGUUAUGAUUGGUAAUUAUGACGGUUUUAUCGGGCAGCUGAAAAAGCAUGGUAUAAAUGUACAUAAUUUUCAUUGCAUCAUACAUCAAGUUGCACUUUGCUCCAAAUUCAUAAGUACAAAUCCCGUUAUGAAAAUCUCAGAGAAAAUAAUAAACAGAAUACGUGGUGGGCAUAACUCACUUACCCACAGAAAAUUUGUAAAAUUUUUAAAAAAUAAGAGUGCUGAGUACUCAGACUUAAAAAUGUUUACAGAAGUUCGAUGGUUAAGUCGAGGGGAGUGUCUCAACAGAUUAUUUCUGCAGUUCCUCGAGGUUGAAGGUCUAGAAAAAUCUGCAGUCGGUUUUUUGAAAGAUACUAAAUUUAUUUUUAAUUUAGCAUUCAUAACAGAUAUUUCCUUAAUAUUAAAUGAAUUAAAUAAGCAACUUCAAGGAUGUGAAAAAAACAUCCAUGAUGUGGUAAAACUACUCUGCCAUUUCAAAACGAAGUUAUUUUUAUUAAUUGCAGAAAUCAAAGAAGGUAAUUAUGCAAAUUUCCCAAGAACUGCAUUGAUUUUCUCAAAAAUUAAAUAUAUCAAUCAAUGUGAUCACAUUGUAAUAUUAGAAACUCUUUUUAAUAAUUUUGAAGGUAGAUUCAAAGAUUUUGAAAAAAUCCAACCACUACUAGAUUUGUUUGAAAAUCCCUUUCAUUGCGAUAUAAGUCGAUAUGAAUUUUACUUGCAGUCAGAAUUAAUAAUUCUACGAAGUGAUCGGGAAGUUUCAAACAAAUCAAGUAUUAUUGAAUUCUGGCAAAAUUUGGAUGAUUCAUUCUACCCUGAAUUGAAAAAAAUGCAUUUAAAUGUUUAUCAUUUUUUCCCUCUACUUAUAUAUGUGAACAAAUUUUUUCAGAUUUAAAAUUUAUUUGUUCCAAACAACGCAAUAAAAUUUCUUCAACCCAUUUAAAAAAUAUUAUUUUAAUAAGAAAUUGUUAUAAAAAGAUUGAUAUAGAUAAAUGUAUUAAAGAUAUAACAUUAAACAAUUAGUUUAAGUUAUAUUUAUAUUAUGUAUAUAAAUUAUUCCCUUCAUUUUGAAAAACUGCAGAACUUCUUGUUUAUCUGUUUAUUAUUUGCUCUGAGAUUUGAAUAUUCGUUUAUUUAUAUAUAGCUUUUAGUUUUAUUCAAUAUUUUCAUAUAUUUUUGCUCCAACGUAGUGAAAACAUAUUUAAUUUUCAAAUUUUAUUGAACAAUAAUUUAUUUUAUAAUUUUGUUUAUAAAAUUCGAAUUCCAAUUUCUCACUGGGCUACUUUUUUUUCGUGCUCACCAACACAGUGAUAGAUCCUCUCAUGCCGACCACUGUUGUAAAUAUACAUAAUGUUGUCGUGGCUGGGUGUAGAUAGUGCCUCCAUUGUGGAAUUGUUACCAGAGCACUCAGUCUGCCUUGUGUUCGGACAUUGCGAAAUUAGGUGCUUAACUGUAUUUGGGCCAUUGCAUAGCGGGCAGCAAGAUGGGUCGCUCCUUGUUAGAAGAUGAGAGUGGCUAAAUAUAGUGUGCGGCUUCAGGAUGUUGCUUGCCGUGUUUGCAGGAGUAACUUACUUUCAUUACCAUGCACCGAUACACCAAGACUAAACGAAAGCAAAGGUCGCUUUUUUCGCAUCAACCCAAACGUGCUACUUCAGCCGCGACAUAUCAUUACUAAGAGAAUCGAAGCCGAUUGACAAACAAAACUGGCUCUUAGUUCUUAACCUAUUUCUAGACACGAAGGGUCUGCUUCGUGGGAAUGGUCGGCUUGCUAAUUCAAGCCUAACAUAUCAUGAACGCCACCCUACAAUUAUACCAGAGAGGAGUCCAUUUGCACUCUAUUUAUCAGGGCACGGAGGCUAGAUGAGGGACUAUCAGUUUACGGUGGGAAGGGCAUAUAAAGUAGCGAAAAAAAAAUCAACUAUAUUCCUCCGUAACUUAAUGUUCAUCGUAGAAUCAGAGAUAAAGAGAUGUCCAACUCCUCUCUCACUGGAAGUGAGAGAGCAAUUGCUAAACGUCAAAACCUACUGAACUUUGACAGCUAAUCGAGUUCAGUAGGUUUUGACGUUCAGCAAUUGGAAACGAGCGAUGGCCAGAUUGAAAUCCCGCCAAAUUAUUGUUCGAAUGGAGACAUUUUUCAUUUUUUGUCUCCGUUUGUAACGGCCAUUAGUUCGAAGAAUACCGAAGGCGAAACAGUACGCAGAUUGAAAGAUAUAAAAUGCCGAAAACAACCAGCAGUUGGAAGAAAUGUGUUGCUGGCUGCAGCGAUGGAGGCAGAAUAUUUAGAGGGCUGAAGCCCCCCCCCCCCCGAAAUAAGGAAAUUUUUUAAAUAAAUCCCAAUAAAAAAAGAUUUAUCACUGACUGAAUCUUUUGGAACUCUUAUACACAACUCAGCUCAAACCUAUAACAGUCGUACGCAACUAUACUAGACGGUGACUGAAAACUUAUCAAAAGUCAUACUUAAGCGUUGUACAGAUCUCCAUCUUGAUAUGGCGAAGUUGGUUGGCCAGGGAUAUGACGGAGCAGCAAACAUAUCAGGGCAUUUAAGUGGAGUGCAAACCAGGAUAAGACAACUGUAUCCAAAAGCACGAUAUGUUCAUUGCGCUAGUCACCGAUUGAACCUUGCGCUUUCUAAUACUAUGUCAUUACCUUCAAUACGGAACUGCCUUGGUAUUGUCAGUGAAAUAGCAAAUUUAUUUAGAAAGCUGAGAUUGAAAAAUUUGCCAACUUUGAUUGGGAUGAUUCGGCUGACGAGGAAAAUGAAGAAGAAGAAGAUCGAAAUAUGAACGAAAUUAUAGAAGAAACUUUGAAAAAUUUGGAUAACAGAGCUGAAAAUGUGGAAGUUGGUUUGAUUGACCAAUUUAUUAGAAGCGAAAAUGAUGGAGAUUUGAAUGAAACUGAAAACGUUGUACAGGAGGUGAUGGAAAAAACUGAUUUGAAGAGUUUGAAGUGGAGGAGUGCAGAGUUUAUGGAAAGCGAUAUCACUUGGAAAAGUGAAUUAUGCAGCAAUGAGUUGAAAACCCCCAUAGAAUAUUUUAGUACUUUCUUUGCGGAUGAACUGUGGCAGAAAAUAUGCGAGGAAACGAAUUUAUAUGCCAUACAAACGAAGAGCAUAGAAUUGAAAUGCACUGUGCCCGAAAUGAAAAGGUUUGAUGGCAUGCUUCUUUACUUUGCAGUUGUGAAAAUACCAGCUUAUAGAAUGGCGUGGGCGGCCAAUUUGAAACUAGCGGCCGUUGCAAAAUUAAACAGUUUUUCCAUUUGAACGAUAAUUCUAAACAGCCUCAGAAGGGAACACCUGAAUAUGACAAGUUGUACAAGGUUCGGCCUCUGUUGGACGCCAAAAAAAAAAAUUCAAUGAAAUUUCGCAGGAAGAAUUCCAAAGUAUAGAUGAGCAAAUGAUUGCAUAUAAAGGUCAACAUAGUUUGAAACAAUGAAGCCCUAAAAGUGGGAUUUCAAAAUGUUUACGACAGCUGGUGUAUCUGGAAUUAUAUGUAUAUGAUUUCACUCUGUACAUUGGAGAAGGAACGUGCAAGACUUAUGGCUUGGGUAUUUCAUCAGAUAUCGUGCUAUUUUUAUCAUCCAAUUUGCCAGUAAACCAAAAUUUCAAACUGUUUUUUGACAAUUGGUUUUCGUCAAUAAGCUUGAUGAUUGCUCUGAAAGAAAAAGGCAUAUUGGCCGUUGAUACAAUUAGAUGCAACCGAUUGAAAAAUUGUGUUCUUGCUGCCGCAAAGAGAAGAAGUUUAUAACUAUACUUCGUCCAGGAAUAGUUGAAUGUUACAACAAACACAUGGGAGGGGUUGAUCUUGCGGACAUGCUGCUUGAAUUGUACAAAAUCAACCACCGCUCAAAUAAAUGGUACAUGCGGAUAGUAUACUGGUGCACAAAUUCAAGUUUGGUAAACAGUUUGUUGUUGUACCGCAGAGACAUCACACAUACAGACGGCGAAUUGAAGCAUAUGCCGCUCAGAGAUUUCCAAUUGGAUGUUGCUUCCGAGCUUUUGAACGCAAGUCAAACUACAGUUGUCGCCAAGAAGAGAGGUCGUCCAUCAUCACUCCUUUUGGCAAUGAAUUCAUCCCCAUCAUCCCCAACUCCAUCAUAACCAGCUCCUUCUACGGGCUCCGAAUCAAACCCCUGUAAAAGAGCUUAUGUUGCAGACCCAGCAAAUUCAAUACGACUUGAUGGUUAUAAUCAUUGGCCGGAAUGGGGAACAAGAGGAAGAUGUAGAGUAUGCAGCACUGGGUUUCCAAGCUGUAAAUGCAGCAAAUGUAAUGUGCAUUUGCGCUCCAAUUCCCAAAAAAAUUGUUUCGUGUCCUAUCAUACAUAAAUAUAAAUAAACGGCAUUUGAAAAAAGAAAAAUCAACUUGACUUUAAAUAUAUAACCUCAUUGCCCAAUGUUGCAUAUACGCAACAUCCUGUAGCUCUUGAACCAGGACACCUAGGACGUUGAAAUUUUUGUCAGUUGAUAUUGCGGUCAACUCUAGCUUAUAUGUCUACUCAAAAAAAUUUUAGCCACGCCCAUUUUAAUUCGGGCAUGAGAGGGUUAAUUGGAACUACGACCAAGACAAGGCCUUUAACGAAUUAAAGCAGAAACUGACGUCAAAACCUCUACUAGUUGCAUAUCGAGGAGAUGGAAAUCACGAAAUUCAUGCAGAUGUCAGUUCAGCUGGUUUAGCGGGUGCAUUGUUACAAAACGAAUGCGAUGGAUUAAAACCAGUCGUAUAUUACAGCGAUACCGAAAGAAGUUUCCACAGUUACGAAUUUGAAACUUUCGCUGUAGUUGAAACGUUAGAGCGAUUCAGGUACAUAAGACAGAUCGUCGAAAAGAUUAAAAACAAAGAUAAAGAAAUUUUGAAUGAAUUUUGUAUUGAGAAAAAUAGACUAUUUAGAAUCGAAAAAGAAAAGAAAUUAUGGAAACGCUCAUUUCCACGAAUGCGUAAUUUCGUUAAAUCAUAUUUAAAAGCAUGUGUUGAAUGCGCAUAUAACAAACGUCAAGGUGGUAAAAGUGAAGGACAGGAGCAUUUCGAUAAUAUCGUACUUAAUGCAGUACGAACACCGAGGGCGAACGGUCAUGCCGAACGAGUUAAUCGUACAUAGACAAAAAGUACCAUAGACAAAAAGUGGGACGAGAAUCUAUUCAACAUCCAGUGGUCAAUGAACACGAUGAAAAACAAAACUACGGGUAAAAGUCCACAUGAACUUUUAUUUAGUUUUUCACCAAGAGAUAUACUUCAAAAUAAAGUUUUGUUAGCAUUACAUGACCAUAAUCUAACAAGCGAAGAAGAUAUACAAAAUUAUGAGAAGCAACUUGUGAAACAGUAAACCAGAAACGACAGCAAGCUAAGAAGCGAUACGAUGAUCAUCAUUCAAAACCAAAAGAUUUCCACGUUAAUGACUUAGUGCUAGUUGAAAAUGAAAUUCUAGUACUGGAACGUCAAGAAAACUGGAGCCACGUUACAAAGGCCCCUUUAUAUAAUAAUUAAGCAAGUGCUUGGUAAAGACCGUUAUUUACUUCAAGAGUUGCCAGGAGCAGACCGAACGUCACGUCACUAUACUUUAAUCUACGCAUCCGAUAAGAUGAAGUCAUGGUGCCAACUUCCCCCCAAUUUUAAAGACGACAGCGAUGAAGCUUGAAUUUCAACCGCCAACGCGAACACAGCCUCCCGUGCGAUAUUAUCUUAUUUUUAAAUAAACUCUGUGAAUUACAAUUUUAAUAUAUAAAUAAAAGACCAUCCUGAACAUUAGAAAGUUUCCGAAUAAAAACCUUUCACGUGUCUUUUCCAAGAUUUGGCGCAUGUGAAUAUCUGGUCAGUUGUUGAUUUGCCAGGCCUAAAUCAACACUGAUAAGGUCCAAUCAGUUUGUUUACGUUGGGGUUUAAUCUUUCGCACAGUACGCACGAUAGAACCUAAUAUGCGAUGCUUAGGUAGUUGGUAUAUAAGUUCGUCUAUCUUGGAACGAGCAUUAACAGCAACGCUAGCAUUGAAAUCCGCAGUACCCACUACCUGUUCGAAAGACCA